UUUAAGUGUGAACUACCCAUUGAAAUGUUAACUUGUGAUACAAAUUGGCAACUACGGCAAAAUCAUAUGCUCAUAAAAAAAGUGGCUACUCUACUCAUUCUCCCGCCCAAUUCCACAUAUACAAAAACAUUGUAAACAAACGAUAGAAAGAAAAACUAGAAAAAUAUUAAUAAAAAUCCAUCGGUCUUGCCAUGGGAAUCUCAGGUUUAAUACCCUUCUUGGAAAAGGCUUCCAAACCUGUGGACAUAAGAGAGUUACAAGGCACAUCCGUUGCUGUGGACAGCUACUGUUGGCUUCAUAAGGGUGUUUUUGCGUGUGCAGAAAAAUUGGUUAGAGGUGAAGAUACUGAUAUUUAUAUCCAAUACUGUCUAAAAUUUGUGGAAAUGUUGAAGAGACAUAAAAUAAAAGUCAUAAUGGUAUUUGAUGGAAGGCACUUGCCAGCGAAAGCCGAAACUGAGAGAAAGAGAAGAGAGGCUCGCCAGGAAAGUAAAAAACUGGCUAAGGAGUAUCUUCGUCAAAAUGAUAUUGAAAAGGCAAGAUCUCAUAUGAGAAGAGCCGUUGAUGUUACCCAUGAAAUGGCACUGCGACUAAUUAAGGCUUGUAGAGAAAGGAAUGUUGAUUGUAUAGUGGCACCAUAUGAGGCGGAUGCACAAAUGGCUUGGCUCAAUAAACAAGGUUUGGCCGAGUAUAUUAUAACUGAAGAUUCAGAUUUGACAUUGUUCGGUGCUUUAAGGGUAUUAUUUAAGCUGGACCUCCAAGGUAAUGCCUUAUUGGUUGAGAGCAAUAAAUUGCAUUUGGCAAUGGGCUGCAAACCAGAAAAAUACACUUUCGACAAAUUCCUAAGAAUGUGCAUUUUAUCAGGAUGUGACUAUUUAGACUCUCUUCAAGGCAUUGGUUUAAAAAAAGCAUGUAAAUUUAUAAUGACAACAGAAGAAGACGAUAUGACCAAAGCGCUAAAGAAAAUGCCACAAUACCUCAAAAUGAGGCAGUUGGAGGUCACAGAUAAAUAUAUAGAAAACUUUUUGAAGGCAGAAGCUACAUUUAAGCACAUGUAUAUUUACAAUCCUUUGAAAAAACGAAUGGAAAGGCUGCAUGACUUAGACGUAUUUGGAACAGACGAAAAACAUUGUAGCAAUGCGGGAUCAUUGUUGGAUGAUGAGGAUCUGGCAUUUCAAUUAGCUUUGGGAAAUCUUAAUCCCUUUACCUUGCAAAAAAUGGAUGAUUGGCACCCAGAGAAAAGUUGGUCAAAUACAGGAAGUAAAAGUCGGCACCCAAGUAUUUGGAAAUCUUCUAUCUCUUCAAUACAAAACAACGAUAGUACAAGUAACGAUAAAUACAAAGGCGCGCUUUUGCCAUUUAAAAAAAUAGAAUACAAGAACAUGGCAGAGACAGAAUUACAAGAACAAUUGUCACAGGAAAAUUCAAAACUUGAAGAAGCAGAGGUGUUUUCAAUCUAUAAUUUGGGAAUAUCGAAUAGAAAAAGAAAACGAGUGUCAUCAGAUAGCAGCGACGAUACAGAACAGCCUAGUCAAGAAUCUGUUAAAACGCCAUCAAAAUCACAUAACCCCUUUGCUGUUAGUUAUGUACCUACAGAAGAUAAACCAAAUUCGCCCGUUUGCACAAAUAGAUCAUUGCUGAAGGUAUUAAGUCCUCACAAAAAUCAAACCGAACCAAAAAAUAACAAAAUUUGUGUUGACAUAAAAUCACGUUUUUUUGCGCAAAAUAUAAAAAGAGUAUCAAAAAAGCCUUUUGCGGCCAGAGACUUGACAGAAGAUAUGACAAAAAUCGAAGAAAAAUCUCAAAGUUCUGUUGCAAUCAAAAAGGAUUUGUAUAAUGAUUUAUCACCGCAAGCCAAAGCUGAUAUACAUAAAAAUAAAAUAUCCAAUUUAGAAAACAAAAUGGAUCAAGUGUCUUCUGAUGGUACCGCCGUAAUUAAUGAUACUGUAGUUACAAACAUAACUUCAGUUGUAAAAAGAAAAGAAAUUAUUGAAAUAUUGUCUGAUUUAGAGGAAGAUAAUUUAAGUCACUCGAGUUAUACGCAAACUACGUUAUACUCAACUCAAAGCUCGUCCAACAGUCUAGUUAAUAGUCAAAAAUGUUUGGGUUUGGCUAAGCCUAAGAAAAAAACAAAUUUGUCCACUAAAGGGAACAAAAGUGUUAAAAGUGAUUCGAAACAGCCAAAAUUAAGUAUGUUUGGUUUCCAAAAACGACCAACUUUAAAGAAAAUUUAGGAAAUUAUGCUAUAGAUAAUAUCGGUUAAAACACAUAUUAUUAUGGUUAUAAGUCAAAAGCUGGAGUUACAUACCACGCGAAGCUCUUAUGCUUACUUAAACAACCUAAUGCGCCCACAUGCGUUCUUUUGGCUGAGUUACAUAUCAUGCGCCUUUUGCUUCUCACGAAUUUUUAAAAAUCAGCUUAUUUACGACAUUUUCAAAGUAAAUUUCAAUGGGAAAUGACAAUAAUGAGGUUUAAUACGAUUUUAAUAAAUGAAUUUCUCUAAUUUACGGACUGCAAAACAAAUUUUGAACAGUAAACAUAUUCAGAUCAUAUGUUUUGCGCCCUCAAACGCGUUAAAAGUUGGCAGUUGGGUAACAUAUUCCGUGCGUGCAUUUGUUGUGUAACUCACACAAUACAAACCAACCUAUUUAAUGGAAGCGUAAUUGCGCGUAAGUGCUGCGCGAGGUAUGUAACUCCACCUUGAAGAAAUACUUACGGAUCUUCGGUAACUAAAUAGUUGCGAUCAUCAUAUGAUAACAUUGGUUUAAUUUCUCCCAAUGAUAUGCCAUACAAUCGACGCAGCAAACUUUCAACGUCCUCAUUAGUUACUUUAGGCUUUAUAUCAGAGCCUGGCUGGAGACAAGCCUCAGAAUCAGUUUUUGUUUCAGGUAGCGUAGCGACCUUUGGCGUUUCCUGUUCCUCGUUAUUGUUGCACGUAGUCUUAGGUGUUGCGUCGUAGUUAUGAUUUAAUGUAUACGAUUUCCGACGUGAUAUAUUAGUUAAUUCCACAUUAUUCCACGCAUCGUCCAUUUUCCGCUAAUUCAAUUAGUCGUAGCAAGUAUUGAAU